GAAAUGAAUCAGGAUGACGUUUCAUUGGUAGUAAAGAGUGAAAGAGACAUUCUUAGCCUUGGCGAGUCACUGUACAAUGCCAGGAAACCACAUGAGAGAAGGAAUGAUUACAUACGCCAAAAAAUGAGAGAGAUGGCACGGUUAUUGAUAACGGCCAGAGCCAUUACACCUUUGAACAGCACAGAAGACCUUGUGAUGCCUAGUAACUUUCCCCAUGUCAUUCAAGCAGUCAGAGCGGUUGCUGGUUAUGAGGCUGAAAGCAACUCUUAUAAAACCCCAUCCUUGGCUUUGAAAUUGGGGCACAGUUUGGCCAGAGUUGCAGGCAUUGUGCAGUGCAGUGCCAUCAUUGCAAAUCGCCAUGCUGUAGCAGAGUCAGCCAAGCAAUUUGCCACUCUGUAUGAGAAAAAGUGGACAGAGUCCAUUUCAGCUGCUGCAUUGGGUACACUUCAACAAGCCAAAUGGAAUAAACCACAGGUUUUACCAUUUACUCAGGAUGUCACACUGCUGCACAAGUUUCUUGCUACUGAGUGUGCCAAGUGCCUGAAGGACCUGAAGGAAAACCCCACCAACAUAACCUAUGGAAAUCUUGCUAAAGUGACUUUGACGCAGGUAGUAUUAUUUAACAGAAAAAGACAAGGGGAAGUUUCAAAAAUGGAGCUCCAGUCUUUCACAUCCCGAAAUUGCACAGAGUUGAAUCCUGACAUUAUGAUGUGCCUUACUGAGUUGGAAAGAAGGCUUGCAAAGCACUUUGACAGAGUUGAGAUUCGUGGUAAAAGGUCAAGAAUGGUACCUGUGCUUCUCACACCUGACAUGAUCGCUGCAAUGGACCUCCUCGUGAAAAACAGGAAUGAGUGUCAAGUCCACACAGAGAAUGUGUACUUGUUUGCACGCCCGGUUGUUUUUUCCCAUUACAGAGGCUCUGACUGCUUUCGCAAGUAUGCGAACCAAUGUGGUGCAAAGUACCCAGAGGCACUCACCUCUACAAGGUUGCGGAAACAAGUUGCAACUUUGUCCACAGUACUAAACCUAAAAGAAAAUGAAAUGGAUCAACUUGCCACCUUUCUCGGACACGACAUCCGUGUCCACCGAGAAUUCUAUCGGCUUCCUGAGAGUACCCUGCAGCUUGCAAAAGUCAGCAAACUGUUGAUGGCAAUGGAGAAAGGAAAACUGUCUGACCUGCAGGGGAAAGGGCUAGAUGACAUCGACAUCAAUCCUGACGAUGAAGUAGCCACGAGUGAUGAAGAUUCCAGUGAAGAAACCCUUGCUGACCUACAUCAACACAAAGGCUCAAGAACUGAGACUUCUCAGGACCCAAGCAACGCACUUCACUCAACCACUCUGGACAAUAUGGAGGGUUCUUCUGCCUCAGCCACCCUGGACAGCAAAAACAUCAGCAACACUCAGCCAACAAAUGCUUCCCAGCAGAACACAGCACUUCAAGCGGGUACAUCCCGAGCAUCCUCAAAGUGCUCCAAUGGAAAGCAAGUUGGGAAGGUAAGAAGCAGGUGGACAGGUGACGAAGUGAAGGCUGUUGAGCGGCACAUGCUUCAUUUUAUAACAAGCUGCAAAGUACCAGGUAAAAGGGACUGUGACUCCUGCCUUCAAGCAGAACCAGUAGCUCUGAAAGACAGAGACUGGGUUGCCAUUAAAUUCUACAUUCACAAUAGAAUCACUGCAUUAAAAAGGAAGCUGAAUAGAUAGAGCUAUAAAAUGCAAACUAUGGCCCAGGUUUUAUUUUCAUCCCAUGCUUUUGUAAAGUGGUUGUGCUAAGUUGCUCAGCGCUGCCAAAUGUUCAGAUUAGUGAGCAUAGGUUUUUGUUUCCAACCCCUGACUCUCCUGGUUUUAUUCAGAGUACCUGCCAUAUUUUUUUCAGAAAAUGAAAGGUUCAUACUGUGCUCUCAGUUUCAACAAGCAAGAGAGAUAGUACAUAAAGGGAUUGUUACUUCCACAUUUAUUUAAGUUUCAGCAUUGCUUUGUUCUUACCCAUAACUUGUUGAAUCUGGUUUUUGAACUACUAGGAAAUUCACAAGAAUGGGAGCUAAGGGUUUCGUAUAUGGUGACUUGUAUUAAUGUAAAUGUGAAGUAAAUUCCGACUUUCUUUAGACACGUUCGCGGAAUAUAUUCUUUCAUAGAAGUUGUAAGCUUCUUAAUUGUAGUUGUUUUUAUAGAAAGAUACUAAAGAGUCAUUUCCUGGUUCAGUUCAAACAUGCCUUGUCUACUGCACUGCCGGAUGACAUGAAGGAAAGGAGGCAAGUUUUCUUAUUGCCUGUGGUCUGUUC